AUGACAAGAUCGGAUUUUAAAAAAGAAAGUAGAAAUAAAAAGGAAGAAUUAAAAUAUCCAUGCUCACCACGAAGCCAGAAAUGGAUAUCGAAUCUGCUUCCGGUACUGGAAAGUUAUAAUUACAACUAUAUGGAUAUAAUUAAGUUGGUAAAAGGCUGUGAUUAUAACGCGGAUAAAAUACAAAUUGAAGUGGAGAGAAUAAUGCAAAUGAAAUUGGGUCACGAACAAGGAGAAUGGGAAUUGGUGAAGCCGAACACGAAAAAUGAAAAGAAUCCAUCGAAAACACAGUCAUCAGGAUCAAACAGUUUUUCAAGCAGCUCUAAGUAUAAGCAGAAAAGCUAUAACAAAGAUGAAAGACCAAAAAGGCCCAUGAAAGUGUCACCAAACACGAGAGUGGAAACGAAGCCAGAAAAGCCCGAAAGCGAAGACGAAAAGAAGGAGCUAUUCACAUCAUGGGCGUCGCUCCUGAAGAGAGACUCAAUGUCAUCAUCGUCAAACCUAAGUUCAUCGAAUAUGACGACGAAAUUGGGGACCAACCUGCCGACAAGCACAUCACAGUCGACAGUACCGUCGAGCAUAGCACAGCCAGUUGAUAAAUUGUCAUCACUAGCAACAAAAUCAGGUUUAACCGAAAAUCCAAGGCUGGGAGAACAGCCAAAACCACAGGAACAACGGACACAGGAAAAACCAGAGAGGCCUAAGGAGAGACCAGCAGUAGUUAUGCCAAAGGAGUUCGACUUCAACGAAAGCAGGUUCACGUUCGGAUGCCUCGAGGACGAGAUGUGGACGAAGCAGUGGCCAGACUGGAGGCACUUCCAGAAGCCGAGAACCAACAGGAUGACGGAAAGGCCGCAGAACGAAGUGUUCCCGAACUACUACGACCGAAAGGGGUUCUACUUCGAAGACCCGAAAAAGUUCGACAGGUUCCACGUGUCAAACUCAGGGUCGAACCUGCAGCCAGUAAACAACAACGCGAACAUGGCGCCAGUAAACACGAACAGCAACAUGGGCCCCGUCACCGGGAACAACAGCAACCUGUCCUCGGGAAACCUGGGCAGCAGCAACAUGGGCCCGAACUCGCUGGGAGGCGGAAACAUGUCAGCCAAGGACGGCGUGUACUUCACGUACCCGUACUCCAACGACAGGCUCCAAAAUCCACCAGGACUUGUGAGCUACUACACGCCGCAGCCGUUCUACCCCUUCGGGAACAACAACAACGUCACCUCAAUGUGGCAGAAUUAA